GCGUGGUCCUGCACAGAGGGCCAAGAGGGGAAUGCCGCACUUCAAAUGGUUCUUUCGUCUUCUUCUUCCUACAUAUCUGGUUUUUGUGGAGCACAAUGCUUUGCACAUUUCUGAGCUAUCUAUUCCUCGCUGGGUAGAAAACGGGACUCAAGAAUCUGUCACAUUGGACUGUGUGUACACUCUGACGGAUAAAGACAACCGGCUUGUUGUGAAAUGGUUUCUUAACAAUGAUCCCAAACCCAUCUACCAGUGGAUUCCCGAGCUCGGAUCCCGACUAGUUUCGGAAAAACUUCAGGGACGUAUCGACAUGAAUUUCUCUGUCACACCGUUCAAUAAAUUCACAGAGUACAGAAGCCUCCGAAUCCUUAACCCAACAACCCAUCUAAGUGGAAAAUACGCUUGCCACGUGGCUUCCUUUAACGGACUUGACACAGCGGAAAAGGAAAUGACAGUUUACGCACCAGCCAAAUGCCUCCGAUUUAAUUACACCAAAUCGGCCAUCGAUCUAGCCACGUUAAGUUGUGAAGUGGGUCAGGUCUAUCCAGUACCUGAAAUAACCUUAUAUCGUAUGAGUCCCGGUGAAAGCAAGCCUACAAUCAUAACUGACACGGUAACCAAAAUUUCAGAUAAAGGUGAUACUUAUCGGGCAGUAGUUACUCAUAAGAUAAGAGAUACUGAUCUGCCACCAGACGGCGCUACACGAUUUGAAUGUGUUAUUCUUUUCCCUGGUGCAGGUUAUCAGAGACAUAGAAGCGUAACAUAUUACCCUGAAGAACUGGCAAACCAGGUCAAGCGGCCACUGCGUCAACGGGAAAAGACUACUUGGGUUAUAGAUUGGAAAGCAAACAAUAACGUUCAUAGAAGUACAGAAAAAAAUCCACAGUUUGUGAGUCUCAGUAGCUUUGAGGAAAGUCCAGCACAAGUUCCACAGUUUGUAGAUCUCAGUAGCUUUGAGGGAAGUCCAGCACAAGUUCCACAGUUUGUAGGUCUCAGUAGCUUUGAUGGAAGUCCAGCACAAGUUUCACAGUUUCUAGAGCUCAGUAGCUUUGAGGGAAGUCCAGCACAAGUUCCACAGUUUGUAGAUCUCAGUAGCUUUGGCGGAAGUCCAGCACAAGUUCCACAUUUUGUAGGUCUCAGUAACUUUAAGGGAAGUCCAGCACAAGUUCCACAGUUUGUAGGUCUCAGUAGCUCUGAGGGAAGUCCAACACAAGUUCCACAGUUUCUAGGUCUCAGUAGCUUUAAGGGAAGUCCAGCACAAGCUCCGCAUUUGUGGGUAUCAGUAGAUUUAGGGGAAGUGCAACACAAGUUCCACGGGAUGAUAAAAGAUUCACGAAUGGGAUAA